AUGGCAGAACAUCGCACAUUCAUAUCCACAUCCACAUCCACGUCCACAUCCAUACCCAUAUCCAAUACCUCCAAUCUCAUCGCCCUCGGCCUCGAGCUCUCCAGCACCCUCGCCGACCUCGCCGCGACGCUGGAAACAGCAGCAGCAGCCGGCCUCGACUUCCGCCAGUCUGGACUGGAGAUCUCCCUGUUCUGCUCGGUGCUGCUACAAGUCCACGCCACGGUCACCCACGCCGCGCCGUGUCGGUACUCGAUUGGCGCCCUGGCGCAGAUGAGAACGAUCGUCACGCGCGGCGCCGAGGUUCUGCUCGAGAUCGAUCAGGGUAUACGCCGCGUCGACGUUGCGAGACGCGAUGGGGAUCUCUUGGCGAGGGGGCGUCUGGUGUUUGGACACGUCCGUUUCCAGAUCCUCCGGGGAGCGCUCGAGGCGUGUACCGUGACGCUGCAUAUCAUGCUGCACAACCUGGGGCUGGCUCGGUGCCGUUGGGCACGAAAGUUAUCUGCCGCAGAGCUGUUAGAGGAGGAGAAGAUGACAGCUCUGGUAACGGACGGUCUCAAAACCACGCGGCACGCCACCCUCCACAGGCUCCAAAGCCUCGAGACGAGCAUGCAAUUCGCCGCAAGCAAUCAUCACCCACCACCAGCAGCAGAUCUCCACGACAUCAUCUUCAUCUCGCGACCACCCCAUCCGCGCCACCGACUGCGAAAACCGAAACCACAGCUCCCCGAGGGGGAUGAAGCGGAGCAGGUCAGCACGGCGAUGGAGCAGAGGAGAGUAUCGAUAUGGGUCCACGGUCUGAUUCUGGACGAGGAGAAGAACUCGCUGAUCUCUCUCGAGUUCCGACCUUUGGCGUUGGCUCCAUCGCUAGGUCAGGCGCGGGAGGAUUGCGAUCAGGUGUCUCCCGACUCGCCCCUCCAGCGUCCAGCAGACGCUGCUGCUACUGCCGUUGCAGAGCUCGGGACGGGGCAUUCCAGCCUGAGGGGCAGCUGCUCGGUACCGAAUGAUGCAGUAGAGUUAGCCGCCCCCGACGUCUGUCCAGCGGUCAUACAGCAGCAAGUCGAGGUUGCUGGACGUUGUCCGUCUGUAUCAACUCGUGCAGCCGGUAGUAACGGCCUCGCAAAUGUAAUCGUAGGCGACGAAUUGUUCUUUGAGACUAGCGCGGUGCCGCCGCAGAGAGUCAAUACGCGGGCUGCUACAGAGCCGACCGUGGGCGUUUUGACGAAGGCCAAGCGAGCGAGUAAAGACAGAAGACCGCUGCUGUUCUUGGGAGAGCGGAGGAAGGUCUCUAAAGCAGAGUGA